AGAAUAAGAAGAAAAAGAAGCAAAAGAAAACAGGUGAUACCGUUCAAAUUUCGCGGAAAGUAGGAAAGAUCGGCGUGCGCACGCGUUCGUUAAGUGUAGCGUAGGAAGGAGCACGCGCGUCAAGUGAGAGAGAGAAAGAAAAAGGUGAGAGAGAGAGAGAGAGAGAGUGAGAAAGAGGGAGUGGGACGGUGAUAGGCUCGCGAACAUACGGUGUUGCUCGCGGUGAGGGGUGGGGUGGGGAGGGCCGCCGAGCGAUGACACCUGUGGCUCGGCCCCCACGAUCAGUUCAGCCGCGACCGUCCACGCGCCGUCUUUAUUGUACGUUUACACGCGACCGAAACGCGACGCAUAUAUAGACGCAUAUAAAUACAGUGAUAGUAAACAUACGUAGUGUACAAAGAAAAACAAGGGACGAAUAUCAAGACUUGUGUAAAGGACAGAUGAAUACAACAUCGUUGUGCGUCAGCAGAUUUUCUCAAAAGACGUCGAACUACGGUCAUUCGUACCGCCGUCGCGACGCUCCUAUAACGGCGAAACAAAGAUAUCAGCCUGUAACGUCCGCGGAGCGAGAACCGUGCCACCACGAACGAGUAUUGGGAUCUACGAAGCGGCAAUCCGGUGAUUACCUCGUUCCAGAAAAGAAGAAAAUAAUUUGGCUUUAAAUCGUGAAAGUGAUCGAGCAUCUAGAACGGACCUUGUGGUAGGAGAGAAAGAGUAAGAACGAUCGUCCUCGCUCGCCGAAAGUCGCACUCUCGAGUGACUACGUCGUGCGCAGUGAGCGCUUACUCUAACGAGCAACGACGAAAGUUUUUCUUUUUUUUUUUCUUUCUUUUUUUUCUGUUUCUUUUUAUCUUUCUAUGACGUAUUCCGUGACAAUAAUAAGACGAUAAAAAGUAUCAUCGGUGUAUGUGACAUAUUUAAGAGAAAAAGAAAAAGAGAGAACGGCAAGUAAUCUUAAUCGUGAAUUCGAACAGUGAACUGACGAACAGAAAUAGCGAGUUAAUGAAGAUAUAAUUGUAAAAAAGAAGAAACGAGAGGAAGAAAGGAAGGAAGGAAGAAAGAAAAGAAGGAAAGGAAGAAGGAUCAUUUUUUUUUCCAUCGUUGAUCUAACGCAAAAAUCUUCACGAGGAAGAAGAGGACGAAGCGUCGUCUUUUGACGUGCGCCGUCUCGAUUAAUUCGACGACGAUGUAUCGUCGUCGUGCAUACGCUCGAACGUCAUCAUCGUCGUUGUCGUUGUCGUCGUCGUCGUUGUUGUUGUCUUCGUUGCCGUCGUCGUCGUCGUUGCUGCUGCUGCUACUGCUGCUGCGGUGAAUGGAAAGCUAGGCUAACGGAUCACGCGACACAGUGAUGCAGUGCCGUAGUGUCAGUGUCGAGUGCCACGUGCCCGUUCCUUGGAUUACUUGAAGAUGACUUCGUCCGGCGGAUAUUAUGACGACAGGAAUCCUUUGCUCAAGGGCACUUUAUCGAGCCUGGAGCGGGACCGACUGCGUGAACGGGAGAGACAGGCCCGGGCCGCGAUGUCGGUUCAGGCAGAACAAGCGGCUGCGGGAGGAAGUUCUGAUCCGAGACACCAUCACCAUAGCCAUCAUAGUCACGCUCACCACCACGCUAACGCUCACAGUAGUGCAUCGCUUUUCCGUGCUCCUGUAAAGGUGAAUCCAGACACCCAAGAUCGUACUACCCAGCAAAUUCAAUCUAAGCUGGGUAAUUAUUCUCUGGUGAAACACCUAUUAGAUGAACCAAAGAGAUUAAUCGGAAUCGAGGGUGUCCCAGCGAGUCCUGCACCUACUGCUACUUCCUCCUCGCAUCGUACAAGCGUUAGCGCGAUCGGAUCAAGCUCCAGGAGUUCUCCGUCUCCACAGGAAUUUAAAAAACCUGGUGGCCCGAGGACGAGUAUUUCCUCGUCUUCCACGACGACGUCCUCCACAACUUCUUCGACAUCCUCCACCUCAUCUUCCUCUACGUCGUCGAGCCAUCAACGUGGUGCAUUCGUUAAACCUGUUGACGGAAAACCACCUUAUGGCGGCCGUACAGGUUAUUCCGGGCCGCUCAUGAAACAUUCUGGAAACAGUAGUAAUGAUCAUCGUAAUCACAGUUUACUACCCCUUAAGGGACAACCCGUUAAAUCGCCUGGGAAUAUCUUAACUGGAAAUGCAUCCAGCAUAGGCAACUCUGCCAAUCGACUUCAUACAGCUGCGAGCAGAUUAUCAAGGUUACCUUUGGAUAACGUAUCUAAGCACAACUCAAGUGAAAACUCGGCAGACGUCGAAAAUAUUCUAAAGGAAAUGACGAUUCCACCGACACCAUUAACAGCCAUAGCACAAACACCGAGGAAAGAGCUUGAAUCAAAGUUUACUUUUAAUCCAGUUUUGGCAAAGUUAACCGAAGUGGUUCCAUCUGAUUCUACAAAACCUCUUGAACGGGACAGACACUCCAACAAUAGAUUAUCUGCAGAUUUGGAAAGGGAUCUAAGCUUAUCCGAAGACAGCGAGGAUGAAACAACAAAGAACCCGUUACCUAGACCGAUUAGAAAUAACAGAAGUCCACACGUGUCUGUUAGUUUACCAACUCCAUUAAUGUCAACCAUGGUUCCGGGAUCUGCGUCGAUACCACCAAUGUCUCCCAUGCCGAUAUCACCGAUGGGAUCGCUAUCACCCACGAGGCCUUUAAGUUUACCUCGACCAUCUCCACCGUUAAAACAAUUAACUCCAGAGAAAGUUACUUCGCCAGCUUUGGUUAGUCCAUUGCGACCUAAAGAUUCACCAAAUACGUCGACUCAUCAUCGACCACCGAGUCCUCCUGGUCAAGCCCCACAAAGUUCCGGAAGCGCGAGUUCUAGCUCGGACUCUGGUUCAGAUUCCGGGAGUGAUAGCAGUGACGAUUCGGACGAUGAGAACGUUCAACCGAUCGCAAAGGGACCUUCAACGCCACCUUCUGUCUCUCCUGGAGUCGAGGAACCACCACCCGAGGUAGAAGAAUCCAAACCAAGAUGGAACUUGAGUUCCUUUUUUAAUAAGUCUUCCGUGCCAUCGGGUGAUCAAAAUUCAGAAACGAAGACUAUGACUCAGGAUGAGAUUAGACCGGAAGGUACACCGGGAGGAUCAUCGGAAUUAAGAGUACAUAGGGAAAAGGCUCACGACUGGCAUCUAGACGAUGCCUUAAAAAGAACACAUAAUCCGACGAUGAUGAGUUUAUUAAGUGACAGUAGUCAUCAUUCUGAUGCAGAGAAAAGUCAAGCUGUUGAAGAGAAUAAUUCAGAAAUAGAGAAACCAAAAGUAACGGAUACAAGGAAACGUGGUCGUCCGAGAAAAUCGACGAAAAGUCCAAAGCGCGAUCGUAGAACAUCGGAGGAAAAUAGCAAAAGUUCUAAAUCCCGUAGUCGAACAAGACCGAUCAGUAAAAAAAAGAGAUCGAUUUCGAAAGCGAUCGUGCCGACUAGCGAUGAUGCGAGCGACGUAAGGUCGCAGGAUGCAUCGUCUGACUCGGAUAGCGACAAACAAGCAGCGACGUCGGUUACACCAGCCAUCGAAGAUAUGACUGAAAAGAGAAGAUUAAGAUUGAGUAUAUCAUCGAGCGAGGACGAAUUUCCAUUGGGGAAUGGAAAGAACAACAGCGGGUCCGAGGGCGAGGCAGGUCGUUGGAGAAGAGCAUCUGUGAAGCAACGUAGCAAACUCGCGGACUCCCCCAAGAAGCAGGAUAAAAAGAAGAGUCCAGCUAAGGCAAAACCGAGAAGGCCAAGAUCGAGAGUUACUAACAUGAAUGGUUCCGACUCCGAUAGCGAAUCAGAAGUGGCCACGAGGAAUCGCAUUCAAGUUGCAAGUGUUCACAUGUACAGAGUUCCACCUAGACCACGAAUACCACCAACGAGAACAACUUCACCGGACAAUUCCGAUAGCGACAAUAGUCCAACUCCGAAAUUGCAAGAAGACGAUGCCGGGAACGUCCAGGAUAAGAAGAAGAGCGACACCUUGCGAAAGUUGUUUUCGAUAUCGAAAGGAGGUGCGAAAGGUGGUGGCAAGGGUGGAAAAGGUGGCAAGGGUGGUGGAAAGUGCGGUAUAUACGUUCAAGAAUAUACAGCCUCGGCCAAUACACCGAACGGUAGUGAAAGUCCUUACAAAAGACCGCUAUCGCAAUCUUCGAACACUCAAACAAUACCUCCGUUAACCUAUACGAACGGUGUACCCAGUCUAAUGUGCAAGAUAGACCUUAGUAGGAUACCCCAUUUAUCGCAAAUGUCGAGAGGACAGGAACUCAGACAACGGACAGAACUUCCGGAUACCAGGCCAUCCUCCAGACAAUCUUCGAGCAUACACGCUCAAGUACCAAGACCACCUACUCCGGAGGAAGGCGAGAUAAUCGAGGCAUCACCGGUUCAGCAACGUUCCUCCAACGGUAGGACUCAUGGCGAUAAUAACGUAACGGACCAAAGUGAAAAGAAGGGUCGUUCGAACCACUCAAAAAAUGACGCGCGAUCGUCAGAAUUAAAAAACUGCACUGCUAGUGGCAUUCACAGUGCUGGUGGUAGUGCCGGUGCUGGUAGUAGUUCUAGUGCCACGACUAAUGUGUCAAAGCGGAAACGUAAUACUAGCUGCAGUUCGAUUUCUAGUUUAAGUACUGUGUGUUCUACGGAUUUGAAGUCGAAAGGCGGCAGUGCUGAGCACAAAGAAAAGAGAAGAAAAAGGAAGCACGCCAAAUCCGAGACAACCACGUCUAGGCCCUCUUCGAUUCAGCAAAAUGACGUACAACCAACAAAUCACGAGCGGGAAGAAAAAGCUGAUACAAAUUUGUUACCACCUCCACCCCCGCCACAACGUAUCUACUACUCGUAUUUCCAUGCGCAAAACGAGGUUUUGGAAGACCAAGACAGGGACCAGAAUCAGUACCUGACAGAAGCAAAACGGCUGAAGCAUAGCGCCGACGAGGAGUGCGAACUCACGGCUCAAGGUAUGUUGUACUUGGAAGCUGUUUUGUACUUCCUAUUAACUGGCAACGCCAUGGAGUCUGACCCUCUUACGGAACGGGCGUCGUUCACGAUGUACAGGGACACUUUAAGUCUUAUAAAGUAUAUUUCAUCAAAGUUCAAGAGCCAACAAAAUAACUCUCCGGAGAGCAGUAUAAAUAACAAGUUGGCUGUCCUGAGCCUCUGGUGCCAGUCUCUUUUAUACUUGAAAAUGUUUAAAAUGCUCAAACUCGAAGUGAAAGAAUAUCAGAAAAUUCUUAACGAAUACCAUCAGAAGCCUGCUCAAGCAACACCAGUACAACCGGAAGGUCAAGGUACACCAUCCUUGUCACCAACACCGUCUCCUGCCGGUUCCGUUGGUUCCGUUGGCAGCCAAAGUUCCGGUUAUAGUAGCGGGGAGUUAGCUAAUAGAGGAGUUGCUUCGGGUCAGGCCCAAGCAGCACCUUACGUUAGUGUUCCACUCCACGUCCAUAAUGCCAUGGCAAAACAGAAUUAUUACUUUAGUUUGCUGUUAACCUGUCAUGAUCUUUGGGAUCAAGCAAAUGCAUUGGUGACGGAAAAACAUAAAGAUUUUUUCAUCGAGCUGGACGAAAAGAUGGGACCUUUAACGCUGAAAAGCUCGCUGUGCGAUCUUGUCCGUUAUGUAAAAGCGGGUAUAAAAAAGCUUCGAGCUCUCUGACCACAAUGGCACAGCCCCCGGCCACCUACUCCCAACUACAUUACCUCGCUUCCACAAAACAUCGCAACGUAUCCAACGAUGUUCACGUGAAUCCAACGUGACACAUAUACGUCCUGGAGAAUCGUCGUUACAUCAAUACUGGAAAAUUACUUGCAGCGAGGAGAAGAAUAGGAUCUACGUUUUUUAAAACGGGGUAGGAAGGGGGGUGGGGGGAAUGAUAUGACAAAAAGAAAUAAUUGGUCACGGGGUGCGAUAGAACGAACACGAAGGAGAGAACAAAAAGUGAAACAAAAAAAAAAAAAAGGAAAAUAGAAAAAAAAGAGAGACACGAACGUGUUUAAAGAACGAAACAAAAUCCUCGGCCCGCGAUGACGAUAUAAUGAAAUCUUGACUGUCAUCGUGCAAAAACGUUUUUCAUCAAAGUCGCAUCAUGUCCUUGCAAUAAUCAUCAUUAUUAAUAUAUUAAUAACAAUGAUCGCUGUAAAGAGAUGAUGCGAGUUUCAUUUAAAAAAAAAAAAAAAUAAUAAAAAAAAAACACAAAAAAAAAACACAAAAAAAAAACAAAAAAUGGUUUAGCAGGAUGUUAGUCAAUUUUUGCGAAUCAUUGGGGCUAUAAUAAAAUAUAUCGAUGAUUCAAAAGUCGCGUGUUUGCCCAACUCUAGAAAAACGAGUUGUAACUUAUAUAUAUUUUUUCGAAAUGUCCGCUUUUGUAAGUUAACGCAUGUAGAUACGAGAAAAUGCGAAGGGGGAGUAUGAAAUUGGGAAGAUUAAUAAUGGGAAUAAUAAAUAUAGGUAAACGUAAAGUGAUUGGGAGAUUAUGAUAGAAAAAUAAAGAGGAAGUUCAAUAAAUGGAAGUUAAUAGAAGUGCCACAGGAGCGCCCGUGUGUUCUCGCUUCACGGUGCGCAACAGCCGACGUUACCUGAAGCAUGAGUCUCGUCUUAUCGACGAUUCGCGUGCGACGAAAAAAAAAAAUAAAAAAAAAUUAAAUACACAAUGAUAUACAUAUAUACAUAUAGUUUAUUACGCAUAUAAAUAUAUAAAUAAUUAUAAAUACAUAUAAAUAUAUACAUAUAUAUAUACAUAUAUAUAUAUAUAUAUAUAUAUAUAUAUAUAUAAACAUAUAAAUAUAUUUAAUGAGAGACGCGGAAAGAUUACGUAAAGCACAGCUGAUAUCCGUGUGGCGGAUUAUUAUAUAUAUAUAUUAAUAUAAAAGAGAAGACGAAUAAAACACGUGUCGCAUAUUCGUCGAUCGGAAUAUGCGAGUUUAUUAUUAGACGGCAAAAGGGAGAAAAGCUAAAACAAAAGAAUCGAUAUAUGAUCAAAGGCUGUAGUACUGUUGUAUAGUGUGUAUAUAUAUAUAUAUAUAUAUAUAUAUAUAUAUAUAUAUAUACAAUACACAUUUAUAUAUAUAUAUACACACGCACUUGGAAGCGUGUAAAGAGAAACACAAGAAAACCGACAACACAAAAAAGGAACUAAAGAAAAUGGACACACUUUGUAGAUAGAUGACGCGAGAGUAAUUUAAUACGCAACAAAUAGUUAUGAAAAAAUAAUGAGACAGCGCAAGCAGUACAUAUUGUUUAUAUUAUUUAGAAUUAUUACGGGGAAAAUAAGUAAUUAGUGGUUAAUAGAAUAAUGAAAAAAGAGUGUAGUGCAUUCGUGUAUACAUAGUACGAUGAGCAGCGAGCAUAGGGGGGAUGGGUGGGUGGGGGGGAAAAAAAAGGGGGGGGAGCGUAUAUUAACGCCGAUCAAAGAGCCGUGUAAAGGAAGGGAAAACUUUAUUUACGCGAUAUUGUAUUGUAACUGAGAGAGAUAGAAAGGCGUAUCCGAUAAGUAAGUUGUUCCAUCUGUAUAUUUUUGUAAAUAGAUAUAUGUGAGUGCCGCCGCCUUGAGGGUGAUCAGUCGUUGUUGAAACUUCGAUAGAUCAAAACGCCCUAAUUUUUGCUACCACAGAACUUAUCGAAAAUCGGGUCCCUUCUGGUAAUCAAUAACACAUGUAUACAAACGUCUCGCAUAACACGAUAUACACAUAUACACAUACACAUAAGCGCGCGCAUACAUAUAAAAAAGAAAAGAAGUUCAGUAACUUUAUCUCUCGGAUUAUUUAUAAUACUUAAAUUCAGAUGUCCUAUUUUCUUUUCUUUUCUUUUUUUUUUUUUUUCUUUUCUUUUUUUCUCUUCUCUUCUCUUUCUUUGGUCCUCUUUCCCUCCGCCACUCUUUCUACUCACCAUCUACCGACAUUGAUUCCGUCUUUAUACAAAUUUCUCUUUUAUAAAUUCCUUCAUUUUUACAAAGAGAUCGAACAGUAAUAUCGUGGUAUAUCGCAGCAGUAAAAUAUACUCGCGAAGUUGAAUUCAAUUCUUUUAUUAUUUCAUAGUGAUCGAUCGAUCAUAGUAAAUCUAGUACGCUCUCGUUGAUCCCCAUUUAUAUUACACACAGAUAAUAAAUUACAAAUAAUUUAUCUGGCACUUUUUAUUUCUACGUAGAAGAAAUGUAUAUCUUCGAACAUAUAUGGACAUGAUUUUCAUUCUAUUGUUUAAAAAAUGAGCGAAAAAAGAGCAUAAUCAUUGUUAGCUCUUUUUCUUUUUUCUUUUUUUCCUUUAUUUCUUUCUUUUGAUUUAUUUAUAAAAGAAAUAUUUGAAUGAAUCAGAUAUUAAGAAAUAUGUUCGUAAUACUAUUUCACUUUUGUGUCUAAAAGAAAUUGGACCAAUCAUUUAUUACGAACUUGAUCAUUCGAUACAAAAGUGUUUCGGUUUCGAUAUUUCUUUGACACUUCUCCCUCUCUCCCUCUCUCUCUCUCUCUCUCUCUCUCUCUCUCUCUUGCUCUAUUCUUUUCCCAUUUUUCAUUUUGCUUUCUCUCUCUUUCUCUCUCUCUCUCUCUCUCUCUCUCUCUCUCUCUCUUUUUUUUCGUAUAAUAUGUAGGAUGCGUUUUUUGCAAAAUGAAUUAACGAAUAUAAAACAGACUAGGAAAAAUGAAAGAUCAUCGAGUUGGCUGGUCGACGAAUGCCCUUAUAGUUAUUAAGCGCGCGGUCCAAUGGUUCAGGGGAUACAAUUUUAUAUUUUUCGGUGUGGCUCACCGCACGUUCGUUGCACUCGCUGGAUUCUAACGAUGAGCAAAAAAUAAAAGUAAAACAAAUCAAAAAAAAAAAAAAGGAAAAAAAAGGAAAUAAUAAUAAUAAUAAUGAUAAUAAUGAUUAAAAAGUGAAAUAGGAAAGAAAACAAGCGUUGUGAAUCAAACGAAAAUGAAAAAAAAUUGAUAAGUGAAAAAAAUAAAAAAUAAAUAAAAAUAAAAAAGAUGAAGAACGAAAUGCAUAGCUGAUUACUUCAGCGAGUAACAGGAUGCAAUUAUUGAAAUGAUAAUAAAAUUAAAAAAAAGAAGUGGGGGUAAAAAG